AAAACAUCAAGGUAGUUCCUAAAAUAGCCCUAAGAAUUCAGGUAAAGCCGUUUUGAUCUUCCCCACCGAAAAAUAAAGGCAAGAGAGUGCGAGAGAAGUCGAUCGGGUGGGCUUCCUGCACUGCUGGUCUCCUCGGUGUCGAGAAAUGUCUUCUUCAGCACUCUCUCGACUUUCCAAUCUGCGAGGACACUUCCACCCCACUGACUCAAACAACGACAAGGGUGGCAGUGAUGGUCUCGAUGGAAGGUUAAUCAAGAUUUCUCCAGAGGUUUCGGAAGCCUUGUCUUGUGGGCGUGCGGUGGUUGCUCUUGAAUCCACCAUUAUAUCCCAUGGAAUGCCAUAUCCUCAAAAUUUGGAAACUGCAAAGGAGCUGGAGGCAAUUGUCAAGACAAACGGAGCUGUUCCGGCUACUAUUGCAAUUUUAGAUGGCAUACCAUGCGUAGGCUUGAGUAUGGAAGAGUUGAAAAAACUUGCAAUUUUGGGUACAAGAGCUCAGAAGACAGCUAGGAGGGACAUUGUGCAUGUUGUGGCUACCAGAGGUAAUGGUGCAACUACUGUUUCUGCAACAAUGUUCUUUGCUUCAAUGGUUGGCAUCCCUAUAUUUGUCACUGGAGGGAUUGGAGGAGUACAUAGACAUGGCGAGCACACAAUGGACAUAUCAUCUGAUCUUACUGAGCUUGGAAGGACUCCAGUAAUGGUUAUCUCUGCCGGUGUAAAAUCAAUGUUAGAUAUUCCCAGGACCCUGGAAUAUUUGGAAACACAGGGCGUUUGUGUUGCUACUUACAAAACCAACGAGUUUCCGGCAUUUUUUACUGAAACAAGUGGCUGCAAGGUGCCUUGUCGUGUGGAUAGCCCAGAAGACUGUGCUCGACUAAUAGAUGCGAACAUGAAACUAAAGCUUGAUACUGGAAUUCUGAUUGCUGUUCCGAUUCCGAAGGAACACUCUGCUUCUGGAAGCGUAAUUGAAUCUGCCAUACAGAGAGCACUUAAAGAGGCUAGGGAUAAGAAUAUAACAGGAAAUGCUGAAACUCCUUUCCUGCUUGCCAGAGUGAAUGAACUAACUGGAGGAGCCUCACUUGCUUCAAACAUUGCACUUGUGAAGAAUAAUGCUUUUGUCGGUGCAAGGAUAGCUGUAGCCCUUGCCCAGCUCAGAAAUAAAGGCGGUUUUGAGUCAGUGCCAUAGGCCACAAAGUUUCUCAUCCAGAUCUGGGCAAAUCCAAUUCUUUGGCAAGUUGGAGUUUUUGUUCUUUUGCUUAUUUUUAGUUGUGAGGAAUGGAAACUCUAUAUCAAAUUGUUGCCUUGUGGCUGAUGAUCCAUUCUGCAUUUCCCAUCCUAGAUGGUGUAUACUUGUUUUCCCGUAGAAACUUAUUAGCCUCAUCACUGCCAUUACAUUUUUAUCUUAUAUAAAUGUUAUCAGGCGUUUAAAGCA